AAGCUUCGCCCCGCAUGGCCUUCUGGGAGUUGUAGUUCGAUCGCGAGCACUGCCGUCGGGAGGCUGCUCUGAGGGCUGAGGCUGAACUCCGCGACCCCGCCUUCGGCGCUCGGCUCUCAGGAUGGAUCCCGUACCCGGGACCGACUCGGCGCCGCUGGCCGGCCUGGCCUGGUCGUCGGCCUCUGCACCCCCGCCUCGGGGGUUCAGCGCGAUCUCCUGCACCGUCGAGGGGGCACCCGCCAACUUUGGCAAGACCUUCGCGCAGAAAUCUGGCUACUUCCUGUGCCUUAGUACUCUGGGCAGCCUAGAGAACCCGCUGGAGAACGUGGUGGGCGAUAUCCAGAUCGUGGUGGACAAGAGCCCCCUGCCGCUGGGCUUCUCCCCGGUCAGCGACCCCAUGGACUCCAGGACAUGGGCGGCUUUGCCAUCUGGUGCAAGAAAGCGAAGGUCCCGAGGCCCGUGCCCAAGCCCCGAGGUCUCAGCCGGGACAUGCAGAGCCUCUCUCUGGAUGCACCCAGCCAGCCCAGCAAGGGCGGCCUCCUGGAGCGGACACUGUCAAGGCUGGGCCCUCGGGCAUCCACUCUGCGGAGGAAUGACUCCAUCUACGAGGCCUCCAGCCUCUAUGGCAUCUCAGCUAUGGAUGGGGUUCCCUUCACACUACACCCCCGAUUCGAGGGCAAGAGUUGCAGCCCGUUGUAUAACUAUGGCUUCGUGGUGGAGAAGACCGCUGCUGCCCGACUCCCCCCCAGCGUCUCGUAGUCCCUCACCCGUCCGCAGAAAGAGCCCCUUUCCGUCACCCGCGAGCCUGGGGGCCACCCCGCCUCAUUACAUCUUGGGAACCUCCGCCCUGCAAGGCAUUUGCCAUCUUCAGCCACUAGGCGGAGCUGCAGCCCUGGAGGAGGGGGCAGGUAGAGGCUUCGUGGUGAUGGGGUCUCCACCCGCAGGCCCUGCCGGGCGGGGCUGGAGCUGGAUGGAAGCCAGUGCCUUUAAGUCAUUCGUGUCAAAACCUGGGGUCUGGAGGCUCCGUGGGUGUCCUGCCAAUAAACACUACCGGUUCUCACCCUCUGGAGUCCUGAUCCUGCCGCGGGCCCACACCAGGCUCGUGGAACUGAGACUCUGCCGCUCUUGCAUCGGGCAAGUGGGUGGAAUGAUGGUGGGGAGGCGGUGCUGCUGGGUCUCGUUUUUUUUUUGGUUUUUAGUUUAGUUUUUUUUUUCCUGAGACGGGGUCUUCCUCUGUGGCCCAGGGUGGGGUUCAGUGGCAUGAUCUUGGCUCACUGCAACCUCCGCCUCCGGGGUUCAACUGAUUCCCCUGCCUCGGCCUCCUGAGUGGUUGGGAUUACAGGCAUCCACCACCACACCGGGCUAAUUUUUUUAUAUUUUUCUAUCGACAGAGUUUCACUGUGUUUGCCAGGCUGGUCUUGAACUCUUGACCUCAGGUGAUCUGCCUGCCUCGGCCUCCCAAAGUGCUGGGAUUACAGGUGCCCGCCACCAUGUCUGGCUAAUUUUGUAUAUAUUUUUUUAGUAGAGAUGGGGUUUUUGCCACAUUGGUGAGGCUGGUCUUGAACUCCUGACCUCAGGUGAUCCACCCUCCUUGGCCUCCCAAAGUGCUGGGAUUACAGACGUGAACCACGUGCCUGGCUUGGGUCUCUCAUUCUACAGAGUGGGAAACUGAGGUUCAGGGAGUGAGUACGACCAGAUUCUAGAUCAUACAGAAGACCUCCUCGUCCUGGCCAUCCAUCCUUGGGCAUAAUAAUAAAACAAGUACUGUUUCUAUUGCAGUGGCCACACCCCCAACACACGAUGCACCAUUAUUACCUCAUUUAGUCUUCCCACCAACCACUGGGAAACCCAGGUUUUGUUCCCAUUUUCCAGAUAGAGAAACUGAGAUAGGAAUCAAAUCCAGAAAUUUCUUUUUUUUUUUUUGAAAUGGAGUCUCCCUCUGUUGCCCAGGAUGGGUGCAGUGGCACAAUCUAGGCUCACAGCAACCUCCACCUCCCAGAUUCACAGCAACCUCCACCUCCCAGAUUCAAGCAAUUCUCCUGCCUCAGCACCCCCCUUCUGCCCCUUGCUGUCCAGUAGCUGGGCACCAUACCCAGCUAAUUUUUUGUUGUUUUUGUUUUUUUUUGUUUUGAGACAGAGUUUCACUCUUGUUACCCAGACUGGAGUGCAAUGGCGCGAUCUCGGCUCACCGCACCCUCCGCCUCCUGGGUUCAAGCAAUUCUCCUGCCUCAGCCUCCCAAGUAGCUGGGACUACAGGCGUGCACAACCAUGCCCAGCUAAUUUUUGUAGUUUUAGUAGAGAUGGGGUUUCACCUUGUUGACCAGGAUGGUCUGAAUCUCUUGACCUCGUGAUCCACCCGCCUCGGCCUCCCAAAGUGCUGGGAUUAUAGGCGUGAGCCACCGAGCCCUGCUAUGUACUUUUUUUAAAAAAAGACACUUUAUUUAAUAUCUAUGGUGGAUUCAUUCACCUUGAACUCACAGCCAACGGCACUGAAACUCAUGUCUGCAUGAAGCUUCUCUAAAACAGAUUUUCUUCGUGUAUCACAGACUUUUUUUUUUUUUUUUUUGAGACGGAGUCUCCCUCUGGCCCAGGCUGGAGUACAGUGGCGCGAUCUCGGCUCACAGCCACCUCUACUUCUCAGUCCCGGUUCAAGCAAUUUUCCUGCCUCAGCCUCCGGAGUAGCUGGGAUUGCAGGCAUGCGCCACCACACCCAGCUAAUUUUUGUAUUCUUAGUAGAGAUGGGGUUUCGCCAUGUUGGCCAGGCUUGUAUUGAACUCCUGACCUCAUGAUCCACCCGCCUCAGCCUCCCAAAGUGCUGGGAUUACAGGCGUGAGCCACCACACCUGGCCCUUUUUUCUUUUUUAAGUAUUUUAUUUUUGGAGUGAUUAUAGCUCACUGCAGCCUUGACCUCCCAGGCUCAGGUGGAUCCUCCAAUCUCAGCCUCCUGAGUAGCUGGGACUACAGGCUACAAUGGGAUAAUUUAAAAAAUAUGUUAGUACUAAUGGGGUCUCCCUGUAUUGCCCAGGCUGGCCUUGAAUUCCUGGCCUCGGGCCAUCAUCCUGCCUCAGCCUCCCAAUGUGCUGGGAUUACACGCUUGAGCCAUUGAGCGCAGCCAUCAUGGCCUCUGGUACUCAAGAACCCUGAACAGCAUUUUGGUAUCUGGGGCCAUUUCAGUAGCCAACAAAAACCACAAGAACGUGGCCGGGCACAGUGGCUCAUGCUUGUAAUCCUAGCACUUUGGGAGGCCAAAGCAGGUGGAUCACCUGAGAUCAGGAGUCCAAGACCAGCCUGACCAACAUGGUAAAACCUCAUCUCUACCAAAAAUACAGAUUUAGCUGGGUGUGGUGGUACAUUCCUGUAAUCCCAGCUACUUGGGAGACUGAAGCAGGAGAAUUGCUUGAACCCAGGAAGUGGAGGUUGCAGUGAGCCGAGAUCGUGCCAUUACACUCUAGCCUGGGCAACAAGAGUGAAACUCCGUUUCCAAAAAAAAAAGAAAGAAAUUCACCACCCUAAGCUCACGCCUUCUUUCUCCCAUCAGUGCACGCCCAUCGACAUGUACGGUGGCUGCUGUGCCGCUGUUUCUUCUGGCUCUUGCAGCGUCACGGUGGCCCCUAUUCUGCUGCAGUUGUCAACACCCACCUGAUCUCUGUGGCCGGGCGUGGUGGCUCACGCCUGUAAUCCCAACACUUUGGGAGGCCAAGGCGAGCAGAUCACCUGAGGUCAGGUGUUACAGAUAGCCUGGCCAACAUAGUGAAACCCUGUCUCUACUAAAAAUACUGGGCAUGAUGGCACAUGCCUGUAGUCUCAGCUGCUUGGGAGGCUGAGGCAGGAGAAUCACUUGAACCCGGGAGGUCAAGGUUGCAGUGAGCCAAGAUGGCGCCAUUGCACUCCAGCCUGGGCAACAAGAGUGAAACUCCAUCUUGGGGGUGGGGGGAGAGGGCCAGGCUUGGUGGCUCACACCUGUAAUUCCAGCACUUUGGGAGGCCAAGGCGGGCAGAUCACGAGGUUGAGAGAUUGAGACCAGCCUGGCCAACAUGGUGAAACCCUGUCUCUACUAAAAAUACAAAAAAAUUAGCCGGGCAUGGUGGUGCAUGCCUAUAGCCCCAGCUACUCAGGAGGCUGAGGCAGGAGAAUUGCUUGAAACCGGAAAAUGCAAGUUGCAGUGAGCUGGGAUUGCACCAUUGCACUCUAGCCUGGUGAUAGAGCGAGACUCCAUCUCAAAAAAAAAAAAAAAGAAAACCUAAGGCUGUCAUACUUAGAGUCUCUCAUCUGUAAUCCUGACACUUUUGGGGGCUGAGGCACGAGGAUCACUGAGGCCAGGAGAUUGAGGCAGCAGUCUGCUGUGAUUGCACCACUGCACUCCAGCCUGGGUACAGAGUGAGACCUGUCUCUAAAUAAAUAAAUAAGCCAACAGCCUGGGUGCAGAGCAGAACCCUGUCUCUAAGUGAAUGGAUAAAUAAAUAAAUAGCAAAGCUAAGGCUUAUUUCUCAGCAACAAUAGCCUUUGUUAGUUGUAGUGGUGCAGAAUCCCGCCUAAGGGGAAGGGCGUUAUUUCAUCUCACAGUGAGCGCAGUGUUGUCUAAAAAAACAUCCCAGCUUUUAUCUAUCUAUGUAUUUAUUUAUUUAUUUUUGAGACGGAGUUUCGCUGUUGUUACCCAGGCUGGAGUGCAAUGGCGUGAUCUUGGCUCACCGCAGCCUCCGCUUUCUGGGUUCGAGCAAUUCUCCUGCCUCACCCUCCCGAGUAGCUGGGAUUACAGGCACGUGCCACCAUGUCCAGCUAAUUUUUGUAUUUUUAGUAGAGACGGUUUCACCAUGUUGCCCAGGAUGGGCUCGAUCUCUUGACCUCGUGAUCCACCCUCCUCGGCCUCCCAAAGUGCUGGGAUUAUAGGCGUGAGCUACCGCGCCCGGCCACAUCCCAGCUUUUAAAUAAAGUUGGCCACCGUAGUGGCUCAUGCCUGGAAUGCCAGCACUGUCAGAGGCUGAGGCGAGAGGAUCACUUGAGGCCCCGGGAGUUUGAGACCAGCCUGGCCAACAUGGUGAAACAGGGCAACACAGCAAGGCCCUGUCUGUACAAAUUAAACAUUAGCCGGGCAAGGUGAUGUGUGCCUGUAGUCCCUGCUACUUGAGAGGCUGAGGGGUGCACGGCUCCCACAUGUAAUUGCCCGAGUCUACGAGGUGAAAGCUGCAAUUGCGGAGAGCCAGAGUAGCCCACUCUCUCUGGGGGAGUCAAGGCUGCUGUGAACUUCGGGUGGACUCCAGAGAAGCAAACCCUUACUAGGGGAAUGUGUAUGUCUCAGAGAAGAGCAGAGAGGCCUGGAAAAAGAAAACCAGCUCUCACUGACCUCACUCACUGCAAGAUAGUUGUUAGCUGAAGCGUAUUAACUAAAGUGUGAGAAUUUUCACCACAGGCUGUUCUAAGUAACUGCACUCUCCCUCUGCUCUGUGCUUUGUAAACAUAUCAAAUAAAGUACUCUGAGGCAGGUCGGGGCCGAAGAGACUGAUACCAUCAGCUUUUCGGACCGCCUGGCCCAGCUUUGUA